UCCACUCCAGGCCGCGCGAUCAUGGUGGUGCUAAAGGGCGUCCCGGCGCUGCUGUCCCCUGAGCUGCUCUACGCCCUGGCGCGGAUGGGGCACGGAGACGAGAUCGUUUUUGCAGACGUGAACUUCCCCACCUCCUCCAUAUGCAGGUGUGGCCCGGAGGAGAUCCGCGCUGACGGCCUGGGCAUCCCAGAGCUCCUGGAGGCCGUGCUGAAGAUGCUGCCACUGGACACCUACGUGGAGAGCCCGGCUGCUGUCAUGGAGCUGGUGCCCAGCGACAGGAAGACAGGCCUUCAGACUCCAGUGUGGAGGAGCUACCAGUCCCUCCUGUCUGAGGCUGGCUGCACGAGCACCCUGGCGAAGAUAGAGAGGUUUGAGUUUUAUGCGCGGGCCAAAAAGGCUUUUGCUGUUGUAGCAACUGGGGGCCCCGACAUGGCCUUUGGUCUUGAUGAGGACCUGGAAGAGGGAGAUCACAGGUGUGGGGUCCAAGGUCAGAGGACACCUGCAGAGAGAUGGCUCCAAGGCCCCCUGGACCACACUUGCUGACUCCACCCCACCUUUUGCAGACUGGACAGAAGCCGUGUGGUUCCUGGAGAGACAGGGCCACCCCUGGGGCCGCGUCUGCACCACUCCUCCCUGGCUGAUGGCCUGAGGAAGGGGGCCAGCUCAGUCCAGCCCUCUGUGGAGCGAGUUGAGCACGGGGGAGUGAAUGAAACGUGACCCCUGGGAAGCGACCAGCUGUCUGUUGCCAGGAAGGGGUGGGCUUUCCCCUUCACCUGGUCUCUCCCAGGUGUGCAAGUCUGAGUGGUCUUGGCCCAAGGCGGGGUAGGAGGGGAAGAGGGAUGGGGAGACACGGCCUGACACCAGUUACCUGCACAGAGAGCACCUGAGCAGCAUGUGCAAGGACGGAGGAUGUGCUCGGACUCAGUGCAAGUGAGCUUCAUCAAGGGCCCCCUCCUCCACCUGGACCACCUGGGCGUCCAUGAGCCUUGCCCAUCAGACCCCACACAGGGGCCCGCUCCCCCUCAUCCUGAGGGUCCCUCCCAGUGCCCACAGGGCCACCCGCCGCACUUGGUGUCCUUCCUUCACAUUCCUUGCUGGUGGGGCAGGGCUGGGCGGAGAAGCCCGCACAUACCUGGGGCAAGAAAGCCGAGCCUGUCUCCCCCAGCAGCAGAGCCACCAGGCUGAUGACCAGGAGGAGCCUGAGGGGACCAGAGAGGAGAGUGAGAGGCCGGCCAGGGUUGCUCCUGCUCAUCAACCUCCAGACAGGACACCUAGGGGGGCAGCCCCGUGUGGUUGGCAGUAUGGGUCCCAGCCAGGGAGGCCUGGGGCCAGGUCCACGGGUAGAUUCAUGGUCUCUCCAUCUCACAGACCAAGGACACACAGGCACAGAGACGUGGGACCGCCACAGGCCCACGCGUGCUCCCAGGGCCCCUCAGACGAGGGGCUGCUGCCCCGCUGCACCCAACAUUCUGGACAGAUCCUCCGCUGCAAGCACGGGCCGCCGGGUGGAUAUGAUGAUCCGUGCCUUGCCUCCAGCUCCCAGCAUCUGGGCUAGCAGCCGCACACAGACACGCACCCCCUUGGGCACAGAGCGGUGAGGGCUCACAGCAUCCUCGCCUAGGUGCUGAUGGGCUAGGACCUGGGGCAAGGAUCUCAGAGUGCUCUCUGUCCGUGGCACCCCUGAAGCUGUGCACGGUGGUUCCCUCAGGGCCAGACUGCGCCUUGGCUCGUCUAGAGUUGUGCGUGGACUGCGGUGUCAGUGCGUGGGCACGAAGCCCCAGAGGAGGCAGGGAGGAUGGGUGCUCUUCCCAGACACGUUCAACUUGACCCCUAGGGAGGCCAGGAUGGCCAAGAGGGGAGAGGAGCCAAGGACCAAGCCCCAAGCAGGGAGUCUGCAAAGAAACACAGGACAGGCGACAAAUGGACCCAGCAGUAAAGGUGCUAGAAGCCUCAUCCAAGACAGGAGAGGAGAGGAUGGGAGACUGGUGCCUGGUCUGUGUGUGAGCGUGAUGCAAGUGUACAUGGUGUGUGUGUGUGCGUGUGUGCAUGUGGUGUGCGGGUGCAUGUGGUG